GCCACCUACAAUAGCAGACGACAGAAAUGAACGCGGGGUUAAACGAAUGUGGAAAAGAAAUGAAUAAGUGGAAAGCCCGUCAAAAUUAGAAAGCGACAGAUAGUGACUGAAAAAUUACAGUCAUGUCUGUUAAAGAUCUCGGUCUAAAUGAUGUUCGCAUAGAAUUCCAGGCUGAAUAUGCUUUAAAAUCUUUAAACAUCAAGCCAGACAAAAUUUCCAAAUUGUUCAGUUUGGAAGAAACAAAACAACUGUUCAUAGAUUUCUUUGACAAAGCAGACAACAGAAUAUUAGUCAUUGCCCAGCCUUCUGGUGCACUUAAUGCGCUGGUUGAAUUUCCCGGAAAACCAAGAGGAAAGGCUUGCUAUUUUGUGAAGAAAAACAAAGAAAGCCUUGGAAAAGAUGCAAACCUGAGAAAUAACCUUUUGUAUGGAGAUAUAUCAUAUUCUCCUUUAGAACAGUUAUCAGCCUUUGUAGAUGAGGUGUUGUUUCCAUUGUUAUCAAAUGAAAGGAAUCAUGAAUCAUGGCCCAAAGUAGUAUCAGACGAUGUUGUACGACAUGUUCAUACUUUAAAAACAGAUGUGUAUGUUAUUACUGGUCAGACCAAAGGCAAAACAUUGUUACCUUUACCUGUUGGUGCUGAAAAGAUUGAAGAGGCUGAUGACCAAAAAAUUGAGUCUGAUAGAUUACUGAUUCAUUCUAUUGAAUCCAUGGUCAUUGAUUGGACACACCAGAUACGAGAUGUAUUGAAGAGAGAUUCAGCUCAACCUCUUCUUGAAGGUCUUAAUCCAACACCAUUUGUUGAGAUAGAGUUUUGGAAAACUAAGGCAACAAACUUAGAAUGUAUUUAUGAUCAGCUGAAAGAACCAAAAGUUAGAAAGAUGGCAGAGCUCUUAGAAAAGAUAAAAAGCAGUUAUUAUCCAGUAUUUAAAGAUAUAUUUAGAGAUGUAAUUGCAGCUUUGGAGGAAGCUCGAGACAUCAACAUGUAUCUUAGACCAAUAAGACAUCAGUUUGAAGAUUUUGAACAGGCAGAAUUUGAUGAGUGUGAGCCCUACUUGGCACCAUUAAUGCAUACUGUCUGUCUCAUAUGGACACAUUCACAAUACUACAACACUCCAGCAAGGAUAAUUGUAUUAUUACAAGAAAUGUGUAAUAUGAUUAUAAACCAGGCAAGGAAUUAUUUAGAUCCAGCAGAAAUAUUUAAAGGUGAAUUAGAAGAAAGUAUUGAUAAAAUAAAGAAAACUGUGCACAUACUACACUCAUACAGAGAAGCUUAUGAAGAUCACAGAGAUAAAAUGAAGACUUAUUUUAGUGGAAAUAUGGAAGUCAGAGAAUGGGAGUUUGCUCCAAAAUUGGUUUUUGCAAGAUAUGACAAGUUUACAGAGAGGGCUGUGACUAUACUGGAAUUAAUGGAGACUGCUGUAGAAUUCCUGAAGCUUGAAAAAGUUGAAAUUGGUAACAUAAAGGGGAGGCAACUAAGUCAAUAUGUUGUUACUAUCUAUGAAGAGUUUAAUGAUGUUUUCAAAGUCUUUGCAGAGAGAAGUUAUGAUCCUAUGGAUCCAAAUAAUACAGUAGAUGACAAGGCAUUCAUGAAUGAUUACAAUAGUUUCCUCAACAGAAUUACAGAUUUUGAUAAGAGAUUGGGAACAAUAUUGUGCCAAGCUUUUGAUGAUUGUUGUACUUCAGAAUCCAUGUUUAAGUUGUUAGAAAUAAUGGGAGGUCUUCUGGAGAGAAAUGAUAUCAAAUGUAACUUUGAUGGGAAAUAUCCUAUAAUUGUUGAAACAGUGAUGAAAGAAUUAGAUGUUGCUAAAGGAAUCUAUGAUGAACAGAUAGCAAAGAUGAAGGAGCAAGGACAUGUCACGUUACAUAAGAACAUGCCCAAAAUUGCUGGAAGUUUAAGAUGGGCCAAGGAACUCAGGCAUAGAAUAACUGCACCAAUGCAUGAGUUUAAAAAAUUGGAACAUCCAUGCAUGCAAGGGGGAGCAGCAAAACUUGUGUUUACUAAGUUUGAAGAAAUGCUUAAUCUUAUAAGUGGAUGGAAUCAAGAAGUUUAUGAGGACUGGGCACAGAAUGUUGGUGCAUCCUGUUCACACAAUAUGAGUCAGCCUCUUCUACUUCGUAAUCCAAAUACAGACCUGAUUUCCGUGAACUUUGAUGCCAAGCUAACAGCCAUUUUAAGAGAGGUGAAGUACCUAAAAGUGGCUGACGUGGAGGAGAUUCCAGAGUCAGCAAGAGAUCUAUUUAAACAGAACGAUAUGUUUUGGAAAUAUGUCACCAAUCUAGAUUUAAUUGUUCAUCUUUACAACAAAAUUCGUAAUAAUGUCCUGGGAGUAGAAUACCCAUUGAUUGAAGGCCAGUUAAAACAACUAGACGUUAUACUUCAACAAGCCGAAACAACUCUUACCUGGGAAAGUGAAGGAGUUUGGGAAUACAUUCAGAUGACCAGAGAUCAUGUCAAUGAAUUAGAAUCUUCUGUACACAAGGCAAAGAACAAUAUUGAAGAAAUUAAUAAUUUGAUGUCAUCAUGGAGUAAGACGCCUUUGUUUGCACGCUAUGAAAACAAGCAUGAAACACUACUUAAUCUUGAUGAUAGAAAAGACAGAAUUGAAAAAAGAUAUGCUAAUAUAUCUGACAUUGGAACCAAAAUACACCAGUUGUUGCAGCAAAACAAGGAAUAUUUCAAGGUUGAUUCUGACUCAGAUGUUUGGGAACUAUAUGUAGAAUAUGUUGAUGAUAUGAUAGUGGAGGGAUUUGUCAGUACUAUUUAUUGUAGCAUGAAUUUCCUACUGGAUAAUACUGAUCCAAAGAAUAACAUUGGUCCAUUGUUUCAAGCUCAGCUAGAACUAGAGGUUCCAGAAUUGAUAUUUAAACCGUCCUUAGAUUAUAAUACAGAGGGUGGAUUCUAUGAGCUUGUAGAAGGACUUGUUACAGAUAUUUACAGACAGGCAGCAUUGAUUCCCAGAUUAGCUGUUCAUACUGGUAGAGAAGAUUACCAAAUGGAUCUUGAACAAAUGGUUGACCUAUCAGACAUGAGAAAUGAGUUGAUGGAGAGGAUGAAUAGUGUUAUGAGUAAAGCCAUAGAGUACAGAAACUCAUUUGAUGUUUAUGCAUACCUGUGGGUGGAUGAUAGGAAUGAAUUUAUGAAGCAGUUUUUACUGUAUAAUCAUGUGUUGACACCAGAGGAGAUAGAGGCAGCUGGGGAAGAAAGUAUCCCUGAAUCACCACCUACUCUAAAACAGUUCAAGGAACAGAUUGACAAUUUUGAGAACAUUUACCAAGACGCUCAAGAGAUUGAAUCAACUGAGUUAUUUGAUUCGUGGUUUAGAGUUAACUCCAAACCAUUCAAACAAGCUUUGCUCAACACAAUAAAAAGAUGGAGUUACAUGUUUAAACAACAUCUGAUAGAUCAUGUAACAAACAGUUUGAAGGAAUUAUCUAAGUUUAUAAAGAGCACUGAUUCCGGCCUACUAACUCCUAUAGAAGAAGGAGACUACAACGGAAUGGUAGAUUGUAUGGGUUAUCUGUAUGCUGUUAAGGAAAGACAGCAGGCUACUGAUGAAAUGUUUGAGCCUCUUAAACAAACCAUUGAACUACUAAAAACAUUUGAGCAAGAACUGCCAGAGGAGGUUCAUCUUCAAUUACAGGAGCUGCCAGAACAAUGGAACAACACAAAGAAAAUUUCUAUUACAGUCAAGCAACAAGUAGCACCACUGCAGGCCACAGAAGUGGCGAAUAUCAGGCGUCAUACUGCUUCAUUUGAUGUCACCCAACACAAGUUUAGAGAAAGUUUCAGAGGAAUAGGUCCAUUUAGAUAUGCAUGUGAACAGCCGUACAUUAUCUUAAAUGAGUACAAUGAAGUUCUUGCUGCUAUGGAAUUAGAAAUGUCUCAACUGACAGAUUCUGCAGGUUUGUUUGAAGUCCAUAUACCAGAUUUUAAGCAGCUCAAACAGUGUAGAAAAGAACUGAUCAUGUUAAAAACUCUUUGGGAUUACAUCAUCAUUGUAAAAAGCUGCUUUGAUGAUUGGAAGACUACUCAAUGGAAAGACAUCAAUGUUGAGCAGAUGGAUAUCGACUGCAAGAAAUUUUCUAAAGACAUUCGUACCUUGGACAAAGAAAUGAGGGCCUGGGACUCUUACUCAGGUGUGGAAGACAAUGUGAAGAAUAUGUUGACCUCUCUCAGAGCUGUUGGUGAAUUGCAGAACCCUGCCAUCAGAGAACGCCAUUGGCAACAGCUUAUGUCUGCUACUAAGGUGAGAUUUUCUAUGGAUGAAAAAACUACUCUGGCAGAUCUGCUGUCUUUAAACCUACAUAAUUAUGAAGAUGAAGUAAGAGGUAUUGUAGAUAAGGCUGUUAAAGAAAUGAGUAUGGAGAAGGUGUUGAAAGAAUUGGAUGUCACAUGGACUACAAUGGAAUUUGAACACGAUGCUCAUCCAAGGACUGGAAUUACUAUGCUGAAGACAAGUGAAGAACUCAUAGAAACACUGGAGGACAAUCAGGUACAAUUACAAAAUAUGUUGUCAUCAAAGUAUAUAGCCCAUUUCCUCACAGAAGUAUCAACAUGGCAGAAGAAAUUAUCAACAGCUGAUCAAGUGAUUUCUGUUUGGAUGGAAGUACAAAGAACAUGGUCUCAUUUAGAAAGUAUUUUUAUUGGUUCAGAAGAUAUAAGAAGUCAACUUCCAGAAGAUUCAGCAAGAUUUGAUGGUAUAGAUACUGAUUUUAAGGAACUGGUGAAAAAAAUGGAAACAACUAAGAAUACAGUAGAGGCAACUAACCAACCUAAUUUAUAUGAAAAACUUGAGACUUUGCAAGAAAAUCUGAUCCUGUGUGAGAAAGCCUUGGCUGAAUACUUGGAAACUAAGAGACUUGCAUUCCCAAGAUUUUACUUCGUGUCAUCGGCUGAUCUAUUAGAUAUUCUCUCUAAUGGAAACAAUCCACCAGUGGUUUCCCGUCAUUUAACUAAAUUAUUUGAUAGCAUGUCAAAGUUAGAAUUUGAGAAAGAUGACAAAGGAAACGUUCUGAAGAUGGCCGUAGGGAUGUAUAGUAAAGAUGGAGAAUAUGUUACUCUGGAUAAAACUUGUGAUUUAAAUGGACAGGUUGAAGCAUGGUUAAUGAGAUUGUUGAAUUCAAUGUGUAGCACUAUUAUGUAUGAAAUGUGUGAAUCUGUUUCAUCAUAUGAGGAAAAACCAAGAGAUCAGUGGCUAUUUGACUUUCCAGCUCAAGUGGCAUUAUGUGGCACUCAAAUCUGGUGGACAACAGAAGUUAACAUAUCAUUUGCCAGGUUGGAAGAGGGAUAUGAAAAUGCUUUGAAAGACUAUAGCAAGAAACAGAUUGCGCAGUUAAACAAUCUCAUUACAAUGUUGAUUGGAAACCUGUCCCAAGGCGAUCGUCAGAAAAUUAUGACCAUCUGUACCAUUGAUGUACAUGCUCGAGAUGUUAUAACAAAAAUGAUAGCCAACAAGGUGGACAGUUCACAAUCAUUUGCCUGGCUGUCACAAUUACGUCAUCGUUGGGAUGACAAUGAAAAAGAUUGCUUUGCUAACAUCUGUGAUGCUCAGUUUAGAUACUCCCAUGAAUAUUUAGGAAACACUCCACGACUUGUGAUCACACCAUUGACGGAUAGAUGUUACAUCACAUUAACACAAUCCCUUCAUUUGGUAAUGAGUGGAGCCCCUGCAGGUCCUGCGGGUACUGGUAAAACUGAAACCACAAAAGAUUUAGGGAGAGCUCUUGGUAUAAUGGUUUAUGUCUUCAACUGCUCAGAACAAAUGGACUACAAGUCUGUUGGUAACAUAUACAAAGGUUUGGCCCAGUCUGGUGCUUGGGGAUGUUUUGAUGAGUUUAACCGUAUUGCAGUAGAAGUCCUGUCUGUCAUUGCUGUUCAGGUGAAGAGUAUCCAGGAUGCUAUCAAAGAAAAGAAACUUAGAUUUAACUUCCAAGGAGAGAACAUUAGUAUUAAAUGGACUGUUGGGCUGUUCAUAACCAUGAACCCAGGUUAUGCUGGAAGAACAGAACUUCCAGAAAACUUGAAAGCCUUGUUCAGACCUUGUGCCAUGUGUGUUCCUGACUUUGAACUGAUCUGUGAAAUCAUGUUGGUAGCAGAAGGUUUUCUGGAAGCUAGACUUUUAGCCAGAAAGUUCAUCACAUUGUACAGUUUAUGUAAAGAACUGUUGUCUAAACAAGACCAUUAUGAUUGGGGAUUAAGGGCUAUUAAAUCUGUCUUGGUAGUCGCUGGUUCAUUGAAAAGAGGAGAUCCUGGCAGACCAGAAGAUCAGGUGUUAAUGAGAGCACUUAGAGAUUUCAACAUUCCAAAGAUUGUCACUGAUGAUGUACCUAUCUUCAUGGGUCUGAUUGGAGACUUGUUUCCAGCUCUCAAUGUGCCAAGAAAAAGAGAUCCGGAAUUUGAGAAAGAAAUCCGUAAAGCUAUUACUGAUCAGAAGUUACAGCCUGAAGAGAACUUCAUCCUCAAGGUGGUACAACUGCAGGAAUUAUUUGAGGUCCGCCAUUCUGUGUUUGACUUAGGAGCAGCAGGUGUUGGAAAGAGUAAAGUUUGGGGAUCGUUGUUUAAAACUUACAGAAAUCAGGGGAAGAAACCAACAGCUUUAGAUCUGGACCCAAAAUCUGUGACAAAUGAUGAACUGUUUGGUAUUAUUAACCCAGCUACUAGGGAAUGGAAAGAUGGUUUAUUUUCUGUGCUUAUGAGAGAUCUUGCUAACAUGCCAUCCGACAAUCCUAAGUGGAUUGUUCUUGAUGGAGACAUUGAUCCAAUGUGGAUUGAAUCACUCAAUACAGUAAUGGAUGACAACAAAAUAUUGACCUUAGCCAGUAAUGAAAGAAUUACAUUGACUCCAAGCAUGAGACUUCUAUUUGAGAUAAGUCACUUAAAGACUGCAACACCAGCCACUGUAUCAAGGGCAGGAAUCUUGUUUAUCAAUGCAGCUGAUGUUGGCUGGAAUCCGUAUGUUCAAAGCUGGACUGAUACAAGAGAGGUCCAGUCAGAGAGAGCUAACCUGACUAUCUUGUUUGACAAAUAUGUACCAACUUGCCUGGAUACCCUUCGUGUGAGAUUUAAGAAGGUGACACCAGUACCAGAGAUCAGCCAGGUUCAGAUGCUUUGUUACCUGUUGGAAGUUCUACUGACACCAGAGAACACACCACCAGACUGCCAUAAAGAAUUGUAUGAGCUGUAUUUCGUGUUUGCUUGUGUAUGGGCAUUUGGAAGUGUCAUGUUCCAGGAUCAGCUUGUUGACUAUAGGAUAGAAUUCACUAAAUGGUGGGUGACGGAGUUCAAACACAUCAAGUUUCCUGGCCAUGGAACUGUGUUUGAUUAUUAUAUAGAUGCAGAAACACACAAAUUUGAACCAUGGACCAAAAAGGUCGUGAAGUUUGAAUUAGAUCCAGAAUUGCCUUUACAGGCUGCCUUGGUCCAUACAGCAGAAACAACCAGAGUCAAGUAUUUCCUAGAUAUGUUGAUUGAGAAAAAGAGGCCAGUCAUGCUUGUUGGAACAGCUGGUACAGGCAAGACAGUAUUGAUGCAGGCUAAACUAUCAAGCUUGCCAGAUGAAUUUAUGGUGGCUAAUGUCCCUUUCAAUUUCUAUACAACCUCAGCUAUGUUGCAAGGAAUAUUAGAAAAGCCUUUAGAGAAGAAAGCUGGUAGGAACUAUGGUCCACCUGGAACAAGGAGAUUGAUCUAUUUUGUAGAUGAUAUGAAUAUGCCUGAGGUUGAUGUGUAUUUUACUGUUCAGCCUCACACCUUGAUAAGGCAACAUAUCGACCAUGGUCAUUGGUAUGACAGAGCCAAGCUUACUUUAAAGGAAAUUCAUAACACACAGUAUGUUGCUUGUAUGAAUCCUACAGCUGGUAGCUUUACAAUAGAUUCAAGGCUUCAGAGACAUUUUUGUGUAUUUUCCGUCAACUUUCCAAAUGUUGAAGCUCUACAAACCAUCUACACCAGUAUUCUGUCUCAACAUCUGAAUAUCAGUGGAUUCCCAGCAGCUGUUCAGAAAUACUCAACUGUGUUGGUUAAUGGAGCAUUGGCACUUCAUGCAAAAGUUUCUACAACUUUCUUACCGACAGCCAUCAAAUUUCACUAUGUCUUCAAUCUUAGAGACCUUUCUAAUAUAUUUCAAGGUUUGUUGUUUGCUAUGCCAGAUUGUGCCAAGACAAAUAUUGAUCUGAUUCGUCUGUGGAUGCAUGAAGCAGGACGUGUCUACGGUGAUAAGCUUGCAGAUGAAAAUGAUAUUGAAAUAUUUGACAAACUCAUUAAAGACAUCUGUAAAAGAUCUUUUGAGGACACUAACGAAGAGAUCUUAUUCAGGAAACCCAAUAUUUUCUGCCAUUUUGCCACAGGAAUUGGAGAUCCAAAGUACAUGCCCGUAGAAGGAUGGCCAGAGUUAAAUAAGUUAUUAACAGAAGCUUUAGAUAAUUACAAUGAACUAAAUGCAAUUAUGAAUCUGGUCAUGUUUGAAGAUGCAAUGUCCCAUGUAUGUAAGAUCAACAGAAUUUUAGAAUCUCCUCGAGGUAAUGCUUUGUUGAUAGGUGUUGGUGGCAGUGGAAAGCAAAGUUUAUCCAGACUCGCAGCUUUUAUAAGUAGUCUGGAUGUGUUCCAGAUUACACUUAGGAAAGGUUAUAGUAUUGCCGAUCUUAAAGUGGAUAUAGCUCAGUUGUACAUUAAAACAGGCUUGAAAAAUGUUGGUAUGAUGUUCUUAAUGACUGAUGCUCAAGUUGCUGAUGAGAAGUUUUUAGUAUUAAUUAACGACUUGCUGGCUUCUGGUGAGAUUCCAGAUCUGCUCCCAGAUGAUGAGAUUGAGAAUAUUAUCAAUGGGAUGAGGAAUGAAGUACGAGCUACUGGAAUGGAAGAUUCAAAGGAAAACUGCUGGAAAUUCUUCAUUGAUAAAGUCAGAAAAACUCUAAAGGUGGUUUUAUGUUUCUCCCCUGUUGGGUCAACAUUGAGGGUGAGAAGUCGCAAGUUUCCAGCCGUGACAAAUUGUACAUGUAUAGAUUGGUUCCAUGAAUGGCCAGUAGAAGCUCUGAAUUCUGUAUCUCAAAGAUUCUUACAGGAAGUAGAACUGCUUUCACCUGAUAUGAGAACUUCAAUAUCUAAGUUCAUGGGUUUUGUACAUAAUUCUGUGAAUGCGAUGAGUCAGACUUACCUACAGAAUGAAAGGAGAUAUAAUUAUACCACACCAAAAAGUUUCCUGGAACAGAUUAAACUCUACCAAAAUUUACUGAAGAAGAAAAAUCUUGAAUUACAAGCCAAGAUUGUUAGGCUUGAAAAUGGUUUAGAAAAGUUGAGGAGUACUGCCCAGCAAGUAGAUGAUUUAAAAUCUAAAUUGGCUUCACAAGAAGUAGAGCUUGCCCAGAAAAAUGAAGAUGCAAACAAACUGAUUUCUGUGGUUGGUGCAGAAACGGAGAAGGUGUCUGCAGAAAAGGCUAUUGCUGAUGGCGAAGAAAAGAAGGUUUCAAAAAUCAAUGAAGAAGUGUCCAAAAAACAAACUGAUUGUUUGGCUGACCUGUCCAAGGCUGAACCUGCUCUAGCUGCUGCCGUAGAGGCUCUUAAUACUUUAAACAAGGCCAAUUUGACAGAAUUGAAGUCUUUUGGAUCUCCACCUGGUGCUGUAAUUAAUGUAGCAUCAGCUUGCAUGUGUUUGUUAUUUACCAAUGGGAAAAUUCCAAAAGACAAAAGUUGGAAAGCAGCUAAAAGUUCUAUUAUGAACAAGAUUGAUGCUUUUCUGGAUAACCUGAUUAAUUAUGACAAAGAUAACAUUCACGAGAAUUGUCUAAAAGCAGUUGAUCCUUACCUGAAAGAUCCUGAGUUUAAUCCUGAUUUUAUAAGAUCUAAGUCUGGUGCUGCUGCUGGUCUCUGCUCCUGGGUCAUCAACAUUGUAACUUAUUAUAAUGUAUAUUGCACUGUAGAGCCUAAGCGUAUGGCCCUUGCUCAAGCCAAUGCCGAAUUAAAUGCUGCAAAGGAAAAACUUAAACAUAUUACAGCUAAAAUCAAUCAAUUGGAGGCUGAUCUUAAAAAGUUGACUGACGAGUUUGAGAAAGCAACAAAUGAGAAACUAAGAUGUCAACAAGAGGCUGAACUGACAGGCAAGACUAUUGAUUUAGCUAACAGAUUAGUUGGAGGUCUAGCAUCUGAAAAUGUAAGAUGGGCUGAAUCUAUAAGUGAAUAUAGAGAACAGGAGAAAACAUUGCCAGGGGAUGUUUUGUUGACUACAGCCUUUGUAUCAUACUUUGGAUGUUUUACUAAACAGUACAGAUUAGAUUUAAUGGAUGGUCAUUGGAUCCCAUUCUUAAACAGCUUAGAAAUCCCAAUACCUAUCUCAGAAGGUCUGGACCCCCUAAGUCUUCUGACUGAUGAUGCACAGAUAGCUACAUGGAAUAAUGAAGGUCUACCUAGUGACAGAAUGUCAUCAGAAAAUGCCACUAUUCUAUCCAACUGUGAACGUUGGCCUCUGAUGAUUGAUCCUCAGCUUCAAGGAGCAAACUGGAUCAAAACAAAGUAUGGAGCAAACUUGAAAAUUAUACGUCUUGGUCAGAAAGGUUACCUAGAUGCCUUAGAAAGAGCUGUUUCGUCAGGAGAUGUUGUUUUUCUAGAAAAUAUUGGAGAAACUGUUGAUCCUGUAUUAGAUCCUCUUAUUGGUAGAAACACUAUUAAAAAAGGACGAGCUAUCAAAAUGGGUGACAAGGAGGUUGAAUAUCAUCCCGACUUUAAACUUGUCAUUCAGACUAAACUUGCUAACCCACAUUAUCAACCAGAAAUGCAAGCUCAGACAACACUUAUUAAUUUUACUGUUACCAAAGAUGGAUUAGAAGAUCAGUUGUUAGCUGUUGUUGUUGGAAAGGAGAGACCUGAUUUAGAGAAGCUGAAAGCUGAUCUUACCAGACAACAGAACCAGUUUAAGAUUACAAUCAAAGAAUUAGAAGAUUCCUUACUGGCUCGUUUGUCAGCGGCUGAAGGCAACUUUCUUGGAGACUAUGCUUUAGUGGAGAAUUUAGAAACAACUAAGAGAACUGCAGCAGAAAUUGAGAUAAAGGCAGCUCAGGCUAAAAAGACUGAGGUAGAAAUCAACACAGCUAGAGAACAUUACAGACCAGCUGCUGCUAGAGCAUCUCUUCUCUACUUCAUACUUAAUGAUCUCAACAAAAUACAUCCCAUGUACCAGUUCUCACUAAAGGCAUUCAGUGUGGUAUUUGAGAAGGCCAUAGAUAAAGCAGAACCACAUGAGGAGGUUAAAGGCAGAGUUGACAACUUGAUAGAUUGUAUUACACAUUGUGUCUUCCUGUAUACAGCAAGAGGAUUAUUUGAAAAAGAUAAAAUUAUUUUUACAGCUCAAAUGAAUUUCCAGAUUUUAUUGGCCAGUAAAGAAAUAAGCACUUCGGAGCUGGACUUUCUUCUUAGAUUUCCAGCUGUUCCUAAUGUGACAUCACCAGUUGAUUUCAUGAGUAACAACAGUUGGGGAGGAAUUAAGGCUAUGUCUGGUAUGGAUGAUUUCCGCAACUUAGACCGUGAUAUCGAAGGAUCUGCUAAAAGAUGGAAGAAGUUUGUAGAAAGUGAAGCUCCAGAGAAGGAGAAGUUCCCUCAGGAAUGGAAAAAUAAAACAUCUCUUCAGAAACUGUGUAUGAUGAGGGCUUUAAGGCCUGACAGAAUGACAUAUGCUGUUACAACAUUUGUUGAAGAGAAACUUGGAGGAAAGUACACCAGUGGUGCUGGAGUGGAGUUUGCCAAGUCAUUUGAAGAAUCAGGUCCGGCUACACCAAUGUUCUUCAUCUUAUCUGCUGGUGUUAAUCCACUCAAAGAUGUAGAAAUGCACGGUAAAAAGAUUGGAUGGAUGGAAGAUAAUGAAAACUUUCAUAUUAUCUCCCUUGGACAAGGUCAAGAGGUUGUUGCUGAGAAAUUUAUGGAUCUUUCUGCAGAAAAAGGGCAUUGGGUUAUCUUAGAGAAUGUACAUUUAGUUGCCAAAUGGCUGCCUACUUUAGAGAAGAAGAUAGAGAAGUAUAGUGAGAAUAGUCAUCCUGAUUAUCGUGUGUUUAUUAGUGCAGAACCUGCAGGCACACCAGAAUCCCACAUUAUGCCACAAGGAAUACUGGAGAGUGCUAUCAAAAUCACCAAUGAACCUCCAACAGGAAUGUUUGCUAAUCUUCAUAAAGCCUUAGAUAACUUUAACCAGGAAAGCUUGGAAAUGUGUUCAAAAGAGACAGAAUUCAAGAUUAUUUUAUUCUCCCUGUGUUAUUUCCAUGCUGUUGUCUGUGAAAGGCGUAAGUUUGGACCACAAGGCUGGAAUAGGUCAUAUCCAUUCAACAAUGGAGAUCUAACCAUUAGUGCUAUGGUCUUGUAUAAUUAUUUAGAAGCCAAUUCUAAAGUGCCAUGGGAAGAUUUGAGGUAUCUGUUUGGUGAAAUCAUGUAUGGUGGUCACAUCACAGAUGACUGGGAUCGACGUCUUGAUAAGACAUAUCUAGAGGUCUAUAUGCAUCCAAUCAUGCUUGACGGUGAGUUAUUUUUAGCUCCUGGAUUUCCAUCCCCACCAAAUACUGAUUAUAAAGGUUACCAUGCUUACAUAGAUGAAUGUUUACCACCAGAAAGUCCAUACUUGUAUGGCCUUCAUCCUAAUGCAGAAAUAGAGUUUCUCACAACUUUAUCAGAAAACAUGUUUAGGACUGUCUUUGAGAUGCAACCCAGAGAUGCUGGAGCGGGAGCAGGAGCAGGUGUCAGUAGAGAAGAAAAGAUUAAAGGAAUUCUGGAUGAAAUAUUAGAUAAGUUACCAGAGGAGUUUAAUCUAUUGGAAUUAAUGGCUAAAGUUCCUGUUGAAGAAAGAACUCCAUACAUUGUUGUUGCUUUCCAAGAAUGUGAAAGGAUGAAUGUACUCAGUAGUGAAUUGAGAAGAUCAUUAAAGGAACUCAAUCUUGGUUUGAAGGGAGAAUUGACUAUAACUGCUGCCAUGGAAGAUAUUGGUAAUGCCUUGUUUUUGGAUUCUAUCCCAGCCAGCUGGGCCAAGAGAGCCUACCCAUCACUGUUUGGUCUGUCAGCCUGGUAUGUUGAUCUGUUGCUGAGAAUUAAAGAAUUAGAGAACUGGGUUGCUGACUUCCAGUUACCUGCUGCUGUAUGGCUUGGUGGAUUCUUUAACCCACAAUCAUUCCUAACAGCUAUUAUGCAGCAAAUGGCAAGAAAGAAUGAAUGGCCAUUAGAUCGUAUGGCUUUGCAGUGUGAUGUUACUAAGAAGAAUCGUGAAGAUAUGGCUGGUCCUCCUCGUGAAGGGGCAUAUGUACAUGGAUUGUUUAUGGAAGGAGCCAGAUGGGACCUACAGACAGGAAUGAUAGCUGAGGCACGUCUAAAGGAAUUGGCAUCUCCAAUGCCAGUCAUAUUCAUUAAAGCUAUUCCUGUAGAUCGUAUGGAUGCCAGAAAUGUAUAUGAAUGUCCAGUAUACAAGACAAAAAGCAGAGGACCAACUUAUGUUUGGACAUUCAACCUCAAAUCAAAGGAGAAAGCAAGCAAAUGGACAUUAGGAGGAGUAGCUCUGUUACUUCAAGUUUAAACACUAUGUAAAAAAAUACAAUUGUUGACAGAAAGUUGAGCAUUUGAAGGUCCACUCCAUAUAUUCAAUUUUUGGAUCAUUUAAGGUGGCUCGUGGGUAUAAAAAUUUUAGCAAAAAAUUAAACCUUUAUUUUUUCAUUACAAAUUUUAUUUAUUACACUAUUUAUAGAUUAUCGUGGAUCAUCUCAACGAGAUUGAUUUUUCUCGCUUGAGCUGGUACAGCGAAAGUGAGAAAAGCAAGCGAGUUGAGAUGAACAAUGAUAAUCUAUUUAUCGCUAUUUUACCUAUGACGACGUUGUCAAUUUCAUCAUGUUCAUGUCAAUUUCGUUAGCAACGCCACGUGGCCUCCUUAGUUUCUAGUGAUAAUUAUUCCAUCUCAAGCGAGUAGCAUGAUAUGAAAAUUAUCACAAAAAAAGAUCAAACGAAAAAUGCACAAAAUAGCGAUAAUAGUUGUUACUUUAAGAUAUGGUACAAAAAAACAACCCAAAAAAUGAUUUGGUUUGGCCCCAGAUGACUUUAAAAAUUGAAAAAGCUCCAAAUUAUCUCCCUUUGGUGCAAAAAUGCAAUUUUUUGGCCUUAAAUUUGAAAUAUCUUUGUUAACUCAUCGGUGACCUAUAUUUUUUAUUAUUGUUUUCAAAUAAGCUGUACAUAAACUAAAUAAUUGUAAAAUUUAAGCGAUUUCUUAUAUUAGGUUAUUUUUUUAUUUCGAUAUUUCCUCUUUUUCUCCUAUUAGUUCAACAGAAAAAAAGGGCAUUAACAAAAAUGUAUGCUUCUCCCAGAGGCAGAUUUUAGCUUAAAUGAACGGUGACCUCAUUUUUUUAUUUCAUUUUUCUUUUAAGUAUAUGAUAAAGUUCAUUUAUGAAAAAAUAUAGCGAAAUCCUAUAUUAGAAAAAAAAAAUCAUUUAUACCUAGGAGCCCCCUUAAGUAGAAAUAAAUUUAAUUUUGCUUUGUUUACACAUGCAUGCAAUAUUUUGUUUUACUGCUUGAUAUGCAAAUGGUGCUAUUAGCCAUAUAAAAUGGUGCUAUCCAACAGUAUUUAUUAUUUGUUAUAUUUGAUUUUCUCAUUAUUUAUUGAAUUUGUUUCCAAAAUUGCCAAAUAAUUACUAGUAUUACAGUAAUAGAAUAUUUAUAUAUUUAUUUAGAGUUCUAUGUUUACAGUUUUUCGAUUGUUUUCCUAUAAAUGUGUUCAUAUACUUUUGUUUACCAGUUGAAUUUAAGUUGUUU